AUUCUGAACGUGAGGCAGGAAAUCGAAUAUGUAGGUGCGUGACCAAAUGUUAGGACUUAAUUAGGCGCCCGCCCUCAAUCGAAUAUCGCGCUUUCGCUAAGAACAAUUAGAAACCGAUGUUGUUGAUUUUGAAAGAAACGUUUCGCCGAUGUCACCCUCGUCAUCAUCUUCUUCCGAUGCGGAAUUGAGUAUUGGAGAGAGGGCCUUCUCCGCCGCCGGUGCUGCUGUCAUCUCCGCCAUCAUCGUUAAUCCCCUCGAUGUUGCCAAGACAAGGCUGCAAGCACAGGCUGCCGGGGUUCCCUAUCCCUACCACUACAUCUGUCUUCAACCAAACGCCGUUUGUCAAUCUCCUUCAACCUCUGCUGCCGCGCCGCCGCCAUGUCAUUCCGGCUGUAACCGCUAUAAAGGCACGCUAGAUGUCCUUCACAAAGUUGUGCGUCAGGAAGGGUUUAUAAGAUUAUGGAGAGGCACAACUGCAAGUUUAGCAUUGGCUGUGCCAACUGUUGGGAUAUAUAUGCCUUGUUAUGACAUCUUUCGCAACUUCAUGGAGGAGUUUACUACUCAGAAUGCUCCAAACUUAACACCUUAUGUUCCAUUAGUUGCUGGAUCAGUUGCACGUUCAUUGGCUUGUGUUUCGUGUUAUCCUGUAGAGCUUGCAAGGACACGCAUGCAGGCAUUUAAAGCAACUGGAAGUGGGAAGCCUCCAGGGGUUUUUAAGACAUUGAUUGGAGCCAUCAACCCAAUCAGGGGUACAGAGAGACUUCAAAGUUAUUAUGUUUUUCUAACAGUACAUAGAUACCGUUAUUGGUGGACUGGCCUUGGAGCUCAACUUUCUCGCGAUGUUCCUUACUCUGGAAUUUGCUGGUUAACCCUUGAGCCAAUAAGGAAAAAACUUCUUGGCCUUGUGGGUGAUGAAGCAACAGCAGCCGCUAUCCUUGGGGCAAAUUUUACUGCUGGCUUCGUUGCAGGAACUGUCGCAGCUGCUGCCACAUGUCCACUUGAUGUGGCAAAAACUCGACGACAAAUAGAGAAGGAUCGUGAAAGGGCAUUAAAGAUGACAACAAGAACAACACUGAUAGAGAUUUGGAGGGAUGGAGGAUUGAGAGGGCUAUUCACAGGUGUUGGUCCCCGUGUAGGCCGUGCCGGUCCAUCAGUUGGUAUAGUUGUCUCCUUCUAUGAAGUUGUCAAGCAUGCCUUGCAUCGUAGACAGAAGACUUCAUCGUAACAUAUACUUGCAUUCAUCAUUGAGUCUUAUUUGCUGGAAUGGUUCAAAACUUCGAAUUCUACUUUUUGAAGCUAUAGGGUAAUAGUGUAGAAUACAUCAAAGACACCAAACUAGAUCCCAGAAGACCAAAGAUGUUUCUGACAUAUCAAUAAGUUAGGGUCAACUGGCAAAACAGAACAUGCUAGAGUUGGCACCUCCUAAUAAGUGAUGAUGGAAUGAUCCAUUAAUUGUCCUCCACAUGCAUAGGACUUCCUUUUGGGCACAGGCUUUUUAACAUUUUUUUAGUUAUUGCAUUUGCAACGUUUUUUAAAGGAGAGUCAAUAAGUGCCUAUGUACAAUUUGAGACCAUGAGUCGGCUUCUAACUGGAAAGUGAUAAGCUUGCAGUGAAAAAUAGGUGGUUCUCUUUUCUUUUUAUAGAAUAAAUACUGCGAAUUCACAAAAUUCUUGUAAUAGUACAUCUUUGUCACGUUAUCAUAAGUCCAAUUCAUUUACUCGCCGAAAGUUUAAGAUC